AGCUUUUACAGACGUAAAAUAACAUAACCUAUUUAUUUUAUAAAUUUUUGACUUGUUCUUGAAAAUGAAAACAACAUUAUUAGGAUGGUGAUUGGUGACACUCUUUGCAUUUUAGUUGUCUUCUAAUGUCAAUAGCACAACCUAUUUAAAUCAAACCUAACUGCAAUGUAGGCCUAUGGUCUGCCCAAUAUGGAUGUUCAAACCCAGGGUAGUAAAAAACUAACUAAGUUGCUGGACCUGAUUAUAGUCCAGUCCAGACUAUACCGUCAGAACAUCUGAUAAGUUAAUACAAAUGAAUGGAUACACCUCACGACUACACAUUGUUUCAAAUUAAUAACAGCACUUAAAGCAGUAUAAGAAUGACUAUUUUACCUCAUCUCAGCCUUUGGAAUCUGGGUCGACGCAGUUACAAAGAGGCACUGAGUAUUCAAAACAGUGUAGCAGCUCAUAUAAAAACACUCAUAUCAGAAGACAAAACCCCAAGUGGAACAGUUCUCUUGGUGGAGCAUGACCCUGUCUACACUGUCGGCCUCAGAACUAAACAGUACACAGAGAGGGACGAGGAAAAACUAAAACAGCUCGGUGCGGAAUUUUACAAGACAGACAGAGGAGGACUCAUAACGUUCCACGGGCCAGGACAACUAGUGGUGUAUCCAAUAAUAAAUUUGAAAAUAUUCAAACCGAGUGUUAAAUGGUAUGUUUCGAACAUAGAGAAUGUCGUAAUAGACAUUUGUCGGCAGUACGGGCUGAAAGCAGAAACGUCUCCUCACACGGGAGUUUGGGUCGGUGAUAAGAAGAUUUGUGCUAUCGGUAUACACGGUAGUCGUUACGUCACAACUCAUGGGUUUGCGCUCAACUGCUCCACAGAACUCGAAUGGUUCACUCACAUCGUCCCCUGUGGAAUCGAGGGUAAAGGUGUUACCUCAAUAUCAGAGGAACUCGGUGAAAAAAUAACUCCAGGCGACGUUUUACCACAACUAAUAGACUGCUUCGCUAAAGGUUUUAACUGCUCACUUGGAAGUUUACAAGAUUAUACUAAUGUAGAAAUUCUACUGAAAAGUAUACAUUGACUUUUUGUACUAAUAUUUUGUAUUGAUAUUAAAAUAGUUUCUUUUAUGUUCAAAAAAUUAUAUUUUUCCACGUUGUACCUCACAAAUGUUGUACCGUACCCUAACAUGCUUUAUAACGGUUAUGUGAAUUGUAAUUGAAUAACAGCUGAUCCUUAAUUUGAAUGUUUAAAAACAGUCAGAUGUCAUAUAAUAAACAAGAGACUUGUAAAAUGGAUUUAAAAUAGCCAAGGGUGCUUUAAGUAAUAAUCAUA